AAAUGUUCUGUCGAUUAAAAAUAAAGUUAACUUUAUUUGGAUAGAGGCUAAGAUGUAUGUUUGUUUUUAGAAUUAGCCAUGUUAAUAUUUCACCUUAAUUGCCUAUAAGUAUUUAUGUGAUUCUCAGUGGAUUUCCCUUAACUGCUUUCCCCUUCGAGCUCCGCCUCUGUUUUGAGCGGGCUUCGCAAUCGCAAUCGCUUGAUCAGUGCGACUUAUUGGCGUGCUAAUGCCAGGUACGAGUCAUGACGUGCUGGUGUGUUGAUCUACCAAAGCCCAGAAUGCAUGGCACUAUUUAUAGGAUCGCUUAGGCGGCAGCAUAUAAAACCAGCUAGCCCGAUCGAGGAGAUCAACAGAGUGCAACAGCCAGUGGAAUCGAUAGCUCCUCUAGCCGCAGCUGAUCCAAUAAACAGACCUAGAAUGUGGAUUCAACUAUUUGCAGUUUUGCUGUUGGUGGCAGCAUCAGCUCAAGGCAAGCCCAGUGCAAAUGAAGUCGAGGACGACGGCGACUACGAUGCCGAGAUGAGCGAUUUUAUGGGCGCUCUGCCGGACCUCGACGACACACCCACUGGCAUAGGCCAGCGAUCGGACAUCUCGACGGAGCCGGAGGCGGACGACAUUCUGGCCAACCUGGACGACGAAUACGAGGGUGCCAAGCACUACGAGUGGAACAGGUGCGACAAGGAUCUCAGCGAGUCGCGGGGCAUCGGCAAGUUUCUGGACCUGCCCUUCAUCAGGAAGAUAGCCAGCAACCUGAACCCGUUUGCCAGCCAGAAGCUGCGCAUGCAGUUCUACCUCUUCAAGCGGGAAUUUCCCGAGUGCGGCAGGGAACUGGAUUUCUCGAGCGAGCGCCAGUGGAGGCACUCCGGCUUCAACGCCUCCCUGCCCACCAGACUGAUGAUCCACGGCUGGAUGAGUCAGUCGCGCGGCUCCUUCAACCGGGAUGUGAAAAACGCCUAUUUGAGGAGGGGCGAGUACAACGUGAUCGUGGCCGACUGGAGUGCCAGCUCGGCCAACAUCAACUACUUCUCGGUGGUGAAGCUAAUUGAGACCUUCGGCGCCCAGUUGGCUCAGUUCGCCAGGAACCUCAACCGGCAGUUUGGCGCCGACUUCGACAGCAUGUACCUCAUCGGGCACUCGUUGGGGGCCCAGAUAGCUGGUUCGGCGGGAAAGCGAUUGAAGCCGGACCAGGUGAACACCAUCUUCGCCCUGGAUCCAGCGGGUCCCAAAUUCCGCCACCGCAGCACCGAGUUCCGGAUCGAUCCCACCGAUGCCAAGUUCGUGGAGUCCAUCCAUACCAGCGCCAACUUUGGGUUCCGCCGGCCCACGGGCAGUGCCACCUUCUACCCGAACUACGGAGCCUACCAGCGUAGCUGCUACUACCUGGGCUGCUCCCACAUCCGCUCCUACCAGAUGUUCGCGGAGUCCAUCAACUCGCCGCUGGGCUUCUGGGGCACUCCGUGCACGCGGGACAACGGGCGGUGGCAGUGCGACCAGAGCCAGCGGCAGUCCAUCCAGAUGGCGGGCGAGCCGUCGGUCCACAAGGAGGGCGUGUUCUACGUGAAGACCUCCUCCAGCGACCCGUUCGCCCUCGGCAGGCAGUAGAGCUGGGGUAGAUAAAAUACAUAAGCUAUCACAAUAUAAGUAGUUGUAAGCGCCAGUGAAUGUGAUCAACUUUACCAAAUACAUGUACAACAUUUAAAA